ACCGAGCUGGUGGGGGAGGUGGGCGGUGGCAGGGAAUAUGGGAAUCAGGGAAAUCUUCAGCAGUUCACACUGUGCUAUCUGCCUUCCUCAUUUGUGUGUUUUCUGAGUCAGCAUGAGCUAAAUUUUCCAGAAAGCCAUCCACAAAGUACAGCCUGGGCGUUCAAGGGAUGUCACUCAUUUCCCCCAGUGACCUUGACAAAGUCAGAAGCUUGAAAGUGGGGAAAUCCGGAUGUCUCUGUUAUGAAGUGGAGCAGUGGGGGCCCCAACAUAUUUCCAGAAGUCUCCAUCCAGACUGGUGAUUGUCUGCCUCUGUUACUGCCAGUGGCCAUCUGAGGUGCUUCUCUGGCUCUGAAGGGGUUGGCACGAUGGCCAAGUGCUUCAGCCUGGUGUUGCUUCUUGCUGCCAUCUGGACCACAAGGCUCCUGGUCCAAGGCUCUCUCCGAGUAGAAGAGCUUUCUAUCUCAAGGCCAUGCAGAAUUGUGGGCGUCACCCUUGUGAACAAAAAGGCAAAGGAGCAGCUGAAUUUCUCAGAAGCCCAGGAGGCCUGUAGGCUGUUGGGUCUAACUUUGGCCAGCAGAGACCAGAUUGAAGCAGCAUGGAACUCUGGCUUUGAGACUUGCAGCUACGGAUGGGUUGAAGAUAAGUUCUUGGUCAUCCCUCGGAUUUUCCCGAACCCCAAGUGUGGCAAGAAUGGGAAGGGCGUCCUGGUCUGGAGAAACAGUCUCAGCGCAAAGUCCAGUGCCUACUGUCACAACUCAUCUGAUACUUGGAUUAACUCAUGCAUUCCAGAAAUUACCAUCACUAAAGAUACCAUAUUCAACACUCAAACUGCAACAUACACAAGAGAAAUGACCGUCAGUGACAGCACAUACUCAGCAUCAUCCACCGAUGCACCUUUCUUGACUACACCUGCUCGUGCUCCCACUACAGCUCUGGCUUCCACUUCUACUCAGAGGAAAAGAAAAUUAAUUUGCAUAACGGAAGCUUUUAUGGAAACUAGCACCAUAACUACGGAAACUGAAUCAUACAUGAAAAAUAAACCAGCAUUCAAGAAUGAAGCUGUUGGGUUUGGAGGUCUUCCCACGGCUCUGCUAAUUCUUGCUCUCGUCUUCUUUGCUGCUGCAGCUGCUCUCGCGGUUUGCUACAUCAAAAGGUAUGUGAAGACCUUCCCUUUUACAAACAAGAAUCAGCAGAAGGAAAUGAUUGAAACUAAAGUAGUGAAAGAGGAGAAGGCCAAUGAUAGCAACCCUAAUGAAGAAGCAAAGAAAACUGAUAACAAGCCAGAAGAGCCCAAGAGUCCACCCAAAACUACAGUGCGAUGCCUGGAAGCUGAAGUUUAGCUGAGAAAGAAAUGAGAGGACACAGCUGAGGCUGAUUUCUUUCCUGAUACAUAUCCUGGCCCCAGAUGGGGAAACUAAAAGGGCCAAAGAACCAAACAAGAAAGUCUACCCUUGGUUCCUAACUGGAAUCAGCUCAGGGCUACCCUUGGACUAUGCAGCUCACCAAAGGAAAUUGCUUUCUUCUUACUGCAAUUCUUUCUGGAUCCUAUUCUCCUACCUCCAAAGCUUCCCACAGCAUUUCUAGCCUGGUUAUGUACUAAUAAUAUCGCAGUGGGAGAAAGGAACUUGGCAAAGCACAAGGAUCUAAAACAGCUAAUCAAAACACGUUUGUAAAGAGGCCUCCAGGCUGACUGAGAAAAGAUGAGUUGAAAGCCAAGAAACCACGGAGGCCAUGGCUUUCUCUAUUGACUCCACAGCCCAGAUCCUUUCCUCAGCUCUGAAAAGGAAACCCUUAUACCACCUGGCAUGUCCUUCUGAGCCAGGCAAGAGCAAAAGAAGGAAAGAAAAGUUUAGCAACUGAAGGCCAUGGAGAUUCCCGUGACUUGAGAGCUAAUCUCUGUAAAGCCAAAAUAAAUAGAGAAAAACAGUGAGGCUGAGGAUACCGACAGCAUAUUGUCAGUAAGGACUAUAAAGACAGACAGGGUCAAAGUAUUCAUCUCUGAAUAAUCCGCAUUGGACUCACUUUUUAGAACGCACACACACUUUCUUUACUCUCCUUCUCCUGCUGCUGCUAUUUUCUCUAGAAGAAUAUACUUUGACAAGAAACCAAAAAAAA